AUGCGAAAGCAGCACACACAAGAACCAGCCUCAUCAGCGAUUAGCCACAACCAUACAUCGUCACCGAUGCUCCUCAAACUUCCAGCCGAGUUGCGCAUGGAGAUAUGGAGGCUCGUCCUCGGCGGCACCGUGGUUCGAAUCAGCCAGGAGCACAAGCCGCGGAUCCCCGAGCCUGCCUUGACCUGGACCUCGCGCCAGAUACGCGCCGAGGCGCUCCCAAUCUUCUGGGCGCACAGCAUCUUCGAUGGACGACACGAAGCUGUGCUUCGGUUCUUCGGGCUGAUCGGGAGAGACAAUAUCGAAAUGAUCCGACACGUGAGACACAGCGGGCACGUCGGGCUCAACCAUAUCGUAGGAAUUCGGCUGACGCUUUGGAUUCUGAGUGGUGCUUACGAGACCCUGGGAUUGCGCCCCGAGGCAUUACAUCUCCCUUUGCUGAUAGAAGAUGAAGGGGAAAGUUGGGUGAGCUUGCAGGAAGCCUCGCAACUACAGCAAAUUCGGAUGGGGCUGGGUCUUUCAGCCAUGCCGAUCGUGCGGCGGGCCAAGGAAAACAGCGAGUUGUUCUACGGCCACCGGGAGCAUUUCUUCAAUGGCCAGAGAGUGUGA